CUGCCUCUAUUUCUCCUUCUUUUUUCCUCCCUCACUCACUCUUCCUCUCUCUCUCUCUCUCUCUUGCUCACUCUUCUCGCCGGAGGACUUCUUCAGGGAGAGAGGGUCUCUUCCGGUCUCCGUGGUGUGUCUCACUGCUCCGUCGUAACUUUUGCGCAAAGCCGAGACCCUCUCUCACUCUCUCUUUCUCUCUCUCUCUCUCUCUCUCUCUUUCUUUCUCUCUCUCUCUCUCUCUCUCUCUCCCGCUGUCACUCUCCCUCUCUCACGCUCUCUCUCUUUCUCUGUCUGGUCCUAGGUAAGCGCGAAGAGAGGUAGAGCCGGCCGGUCGGCAGGAGGUGGCAGCGGUGGUGGUGGUGGUGGUUACCGAUUCGUUGGUAGUGGUGGCACAUCAGCGAUACUCUAACGUGUAUCCAAUGAGUGCAACGACGACGGACGGCGACGAUGGCGGUAGUGGUGGCCGAUGGUGAUGGCGAUGAUAGUGGUAGUGGCGGUGCCGGAGCAGCGGCGGGUGGUAGUGGUAAAGAAGAGGCCAGGUGGGCCCCCGGUUGGGCUUUACGGGCGAGUCCAGAAAGGGUUGAGGGUCCGAAAAGGUCCUACGGCAAUUUGUGUGCAAAGGCCCUUAGCCGGGGGUGCGUCCGCAGUUGUAUAUCUGGGAGGUCGAGGAGACGCGGGAGCUCUCCGAGGCCGACCUUAACUCUCUCGGCUCGAAACGGGAGCAUGGCUUCUAAAUGCGUCAUACGCGACACUCUUCGGGCCGCGCUACUGCGGGUGUUACUUGCGAUCGCAAAAUACGAGACCGAAGGAUCUUAAUCGCUCCAUUGAGUCAUCGGGUAUCGCACGACGGUGUCUCGCGGCCUUUGUGAGAUUAUUUGGUUUCAGCAGGAAGUGAAGAAAGCGAUUUUCCACGCAUCUGUAAUCUUGAAAUAACUGGUUGCCGCUCCAGUCGGAAACGAAUGCACUGGGAAGA